CUUGUCUUGACCCCUCGAGUGGGCAGAGAGCCUUGAAGCUGAGGGUCGACAACAAUACGCCCGUGACAAUAUCCCAUCCACGCGCUCAUUCCGAUACCCAACAACAGCUAUCGCUUGUAAUGACCUAGCAAUGCGAGGACGCGGAGGCGCCCGAGGUGCCCGAGGAGGUAGAGCGCCCUCUGCUCCGUGGAGCCGACUGAAGCCCGUCGAGCUCGAUCCCUUGGAGGCCAUUGGGCUUCCCUCCAAAGGCGACAACCGACUGCUCGACUUCAAGACGCAGGAACGUUACUACACCAAGAUCGUCGAACGUUACAUGACCUUCUGCUCCGACGCUGGUGAACGCGAUGAAUUGCUCCGUCGUUUUGCUUCUCUCGAGCUAUCCACGUCCAGCGCGAAACACCCCAUCCCCGCGCAAUUGAAUCCUCCCAGACCGCAUCCGAAGCAUGCCGUGAGCGAUUCGAUUAUUCCGCCAUUACCACAUCCAUCUUCAAACCUCACGGUGAAUACAAAGGGUCUCACGGAUGUUUUAGCAGCUCUCAGAAAGCUCCGCGAAGGCAUUGUGGCCUCAAAGCGGGCUGACGACUUCGCAAUCCAGGCGUAUCUCUUCUGCAUCCGGCUUUCCGUGCUUGUCAAACAUCCGGAAUCAUACCACCCAGCCAUACUACACCUUUUGAGGCGCAUACAGCCAAAACACCCCAUGACGAGCGUCGAAACGAACGAAGUGGUGAGCUACCUUGUACUGGACACGGCGUGCCGGCGGAUGGACCUGGCCGAAGCCUACGCACUGCGCUAUCGGUACCAAUUGAAAGACCAAAAGGUUGAUGGGGUUCUUAAAUCAUUGUCGCAUGACAAUUAUGUGCUAUUUCUACGGGUGAGGAGGAGUGUCGAUGGAUACAAGGCCAAGUUGCUUGAGUACGCUGAGGAUGGCGUCCGUAAGCAUUUGCUCAAGUGCUUUGGUAGGAGCUAUCUUAGUGUGGACCUCGAGUUCUUGGAGAAGUGCGCUGGGGUGAACUGGAUGAACUUGAUCAGUAAAGAUGGCGUAGGUUGGGAAUUGGAGGGUGGGAAGGUAGUCAUUCGAAAGGUCAAGAAGGCAAGGUAGACCCAGGAAAGCAGCGGGCUAGGUAUUGAUACCCUUAUCGCAUAUCUUGAUAUUCUUCCUGCAUCGUCCCCAUGUUACUAAUAUUCCCAUAUCUACGGGUGACAUCACUUGCCUUGAGAUUGUCGGUCUCUUUGACACCUCAGCAUUAUCCCCUACAUGAUCUGAUGGGGUUCACGGGACCGCGCGACGAUUCUCAAAC